AUGUCGUACCAACUCUCUUUUUUUUUUUUUUAUUUUAUUGCCCCAAAAACUAAAAUACCAUUAAACAAUAGAACAGGCUCUUCCAACUCUCAACUCUCAAUUCUCUUUUUUGUUCCCGUUGCUGCAACCACCCGCACCCGUUAUCCACCACGAGUCAACCAACCAACCGCAGCCAUUCCAUUAUCACCGCGCACCCCUCCAGGCCCAGACUUUAAAACUGGAAAACCAAAACCAAAAAAAAAAAUGUCGUACUCAAAAGCCGCAAAAACACACACACUCUCUUUUCUAAAGAAAAAAAAAAUUGCUCACUCACGCAAACAACCAAAAAAAAAAAAAGAAAUUUCUCGCUCUCUUGCCGGCUCUUAG